AUGUUCUAUCUUCUAGAGAUGCUAGAUGAACUGAUUAAGAAUCUCAACGACGGUGACCUUGACUUCUGGUGUGAUGACAGCCUUCUGUCCCUGACUGCACCCCCUGAUGCGUCGCCCCACGGAGAUGUGGAGCCAGGACAUACGUUCUUCUGGGACACGCGGGACGCGAGCGACGAGGGCCAAUGCUGGGUAGAUUAUCCAGGUAGGGCAUGUCAAGAUAAUGUUCAGGGUUUCAACAUGCGCGGUGUGCAGCGCGACACUAUCGUCCUAUGUCCCAAGCUAUUCCGUGACUCCGCUGCCUUGGGAGAAUUUAAAGUAGAUAUGACAUCUCGACCCCCGAUGUUCUCAAGAGGCGUGCACAUCGAUAAGUUUUCUAAUUCCUUGAUGUUUGUUUUGAUACAUGAACUAUCCCAUUGUGUCCACCUCCUUGGUGACCUUUGGACGGACGAUGUUCCAGGGACACGCGACGGUUACGGCUGGGCAGAGGCCAUCCAUCAUGGCCGCAACAACCACCUUAACGCCUUGGCAAAUGCCGCCAUGUUCCUAAGCGAAAACGACUGGUGUGAGGGUGUGGCUAACGAUAUGUUUGAUGACGGCGUAAUUGGAUAG